AUGCAAGUCGGUGAAGUGGGUACAACUUAUUUCUCGUAUUUGUGGCUGCAGGUGAUUGCGGAGUAUGAGCGCGCGGUCAUCUUUCGGUUGGGUCGAAUCAGGCCCGACGGUGCCAAGGGUCCCGGUCUCUUCUUUGUUCUCCCUUGCCUAGACAGUCUGCGGAAGGUCGACCUGCGCACUGUCACCUUCGAUGUUCCACCUCAAGAGGUGUUAACAAAAGACUCGGUAACAGUGGCGGUGGACGCCGUAGUGUAUUACCGCAUCUACAACCCAAUCGUUGCGGUGACCAACGUGGAGGAUGCAGAUCGGUCAACACGUCUGCUUGCAGCCACCACCCUUCGCAACGUCCUUGGCACC